AAACUCACACACCAAACAAUCAAAUAAACUCUUGUUUAAUUUACCCACCAAAGGCAAAGCUCAACUUACAUAAUAAAACAAAGAAACAAACAAACCAAGCAAGCAAGCAAGAACUUGCCAAGCAAACGACAAUGGCGUCGUCCGCAGCAAGGAUCACCUUCCGCAUACUCAUCAUAGCUCUGGUUCUUCUGGUCCUCUUCUACGUCGGUCGACCUCUCUACUGGAAAAUCUCCGCCACCAUCCACGAGAUCCGCGAAAACAAACAGACCGUUCAACAAGGUUUGUCGAAGAUCGUUCUGGAAGCUCAGAAAUCGGUGGGUUGGUACCACGACGAAUCGGAUUCGGGGUCCCGCGUAGAUCGGGUCGCGAAGAAUGUCGGGUUGGCCACGACCCGGAGGCUAUUGCUCCACCAGGUUUCAUGAAAGUUCUUUUACCGUUCCGAUUUCUGUUAUGUGCUUUUCUGUGUGGGAAUGUUAAUGGUGGCCAAAUGGGUUUGUUGUUCAGAUCUGGUCUUUUCGAAUGAAGUGGCUAAUUAUGUUAGAUUAAUAUAUUUCCAAAGAAUUGAAAUGUUCCCUUCUGGAAAUUACCACUUGUUAGAAAGAAAAAUUUGUACAACCUGCAAUGUAUGCCGGAUAAUGUAACCGUUUCUGGAAAUAUAUAAAUAGAGUUGUACUGAGUUUUGAUUUGAUGCA